UUAUCGAAUAAACACCGGAGAGUAUAACUCAGGUUUGCUACUUCAUUGGGAGCAAACUUUAGUGCUGGGGCUGAUCGCUGUUUGUAAAGAGGUUGAAAAACAGGGAGCACGUCUGAGUUUAAGAAGGAAAAACUCAAAAAACUGAGUUAAGAUGUUUAUAGGCAAACCAGAUUAAAAAUGAUUUCGUUUUGGAUAACAAGAGAUUUGUAUGGAGAGAAAGAUCAUCUGCUAUCUUUGAAAAAUAUUAUGCCAGAAACUGACAUUUUAAUGAGUUUUAAGCAGAAUUACUCAUCUAAUAUUAUAAGAAUUCACUGUACUAUAAUGACAUUUAUUGAACCUUUGAUACAAAAAACUGACUUUUUCUUCAAAAGAUGAAAAUUCAACACCUCAUCGUAAUUUCUAAAAAAAGAAAGGUUAAUGGAAACUUUUAAAUUAGUUUCUUUGAUCUAAAUUAUAUUUUUAAAGAUGUUUAACAAUAAAUUUAAUAUCGGGACAUUAAAUAAUGCGUGUAAUGUUUCGAUAGAAUGUCUCUGCUUUAAGACUGCCAGUUAAGGAAAUUCUUAGGUGUGGCAAAUAUUUUUAUGAAACUAUUAAAAACAAUGCAUAAGACUCAAUUUGAUAAUAAAAUAAUUGUCCUUAUUCAUUCUAUAAAUGAAGACAAUUCUUAACCGAUCUUAGUGACCUUAAGCCUAUCCAAUGUCUUCCGUGUGCUUUAUUUGCGAACUCCCGAUUUUGAACCAUCAGACAAAUGGUCUUUGGCCUCCUGCUUCUCCAAGCGAAGAAGCUCUAGAAGAUGGACUUGCUAUAUCAGUACCCGAUACAUCAGUUGGUGGUUCUACUUAUCAUGAAGAUUGUCUAGUUUGCUACACCUGCGGAUUAAGAUUAGCUGGUCAAAACAUACAACGUGCGAGACGGUAUCAAAACAAAAUAUACUGUUCGUUGCAUUAUGCAGAUGUUUCUGGUUUGAGCAGUGGCGAUGAAUUUAUGCAAAAACUUCGAGAUUAUAAGAGACAGAGUUUAGGUUGUGCUGAAGCGCGUAGAAAAAGCUCCACCACUCUGCAAUUUCCCAUUCCUGUCCAAGCAUGUCCAGGUUCUGGAGCUUGCGAAGGUUUUCCUCACAUUAUUAAAAUUAUUCUAGGAUAUUGGGUAGAAUGUAGUGGAACAAACAGCCUAAACGAUAUGCCAAAUGUUAAUUAUACUCCCCAAGAAUUAGAAAAGAAAUUCGAGUUGAUGUCAGUUGAAGAAGAAACUUACGAGAAAUAUUUUUAUGGAACUGAACACUGGAAUUAUUUCACAAAUGACGAAGCCCUUGGACCGGUAAUUCUUAGUAUCAAACAAGAAAACGUGUACAAUCGAGAUCAAUUUAGUUCCCCCGGUAAACUGGAAUCCGUACCAGAGACGGGGAACGGUAGUACCACACCGCCAAACAACAAUCUAUUUCCACAACACAGUGGACGACCUGAGGCAGACCUGAGGGUGAUGUUGCGAACUGUCAGUUACUGCCUUCAUGGCUUAGUUCCAGCUUCAUGCAUUUGCGCGGACCGUUAUGAUCGCGAAGCUGUCGUUAAAGCUCUUGGUGAAGAAGCUGGUUUAAAGCCCUCUUUAAUUUUGGGACAAUUGUCUUCCACCCCGGAUGAAUUAUUAAAAUUAGAUCAGGUAUUUAUUAAAACUGAACUUAAAGUAGGAAUCAUUUUGGUAAAAGAAGGACAGUCUACCGAAGAGCAAAUUUUGGACAAUCAUGAAAAUACUGAGCUGUUCGAUGAUUUUCUAACUAUUUUAGGCGAUAGAAUACGUUUAAAAGGUUUUGACAAGUACAAAGGCGGCCUUGACUCUGUACAUGAUCUCACUGGUAAAGAGUCUGUGUAUACCUCAUGGAGGGGAAUCGAAAUUAUGUUUCAUGUAUCCACCAUGCUCCCUCAUGAAGAACAUGAUCUUCAGAAAUUACAGAAGAAAAGGCAUAUUGGCAAUGAUAUAGUGUGUAUUGCUUUCCUGGAAGCCGACGAUACAUUAUUCGUUCCUACAUGCAUCAAAUCUCAUUUCCUUCAUACUUUCAUCGUCGUUCGUGCAAGUCCAUCAUCAAGUCUUAAAGAUAUUUCAUACGAAGUAUCUGUAGUUUCCAGGGAUGAAGUAGGAGCUUAUAAGCCUUAUUUAUGGCAUCGUUCGAAAUUUAAAAAAGAUCAACUUUUCCGGGAAUGGAUUUUAACGAAAAUUGUAAAUGGUGAGAGGGCGAGCUAUUCAGCACCAAAAUUUGCAAGAAUGCAGGACCGAACGAGAAGCCAAAUGUUGGAAGAUAUUGUUACCAAUCUACAAAACCACGUGGAGACUGGACAGAUCCCUAAACCAUACAGACGAGGAUCAUGGCGGCCCAUAGGCCACAUGCGACCUUCGAGCCCGUUAUUGGAUAGCGUCCGUGAUACGUUUGAGGGUUUCGAACAACUUGCCCGAGAUUUCGGAAGAGCUUUUCAAAACAACAGGCAUUUAUGUGACGUCAUCUUUAACGUUGGCCAAGGUAAAGAAAAAACACGAGUCUAUGCAGUACGAGCUAUUUUAGGGGUUCGGAGCAGAGUCUUCCUAGAAAUGUUGUAUGGUUUCACUACCGGCUAUGGGCCUUGCAUAAUUGCCCAAGGUGAUGCGCAAUUAAAAGACAAUUUAGCAGGCAAUGUCAAAUCUAGCAAUUUUUUACAGGUACCCGAUCCGCAUGACUCAGUGAGAUCCAAAACUCCUACAGCUAGUCCUACUGUCUUCCGUUAUUUUUCUCGUCUUGGUAAUUGGGCAGGAUGGGGUAUGGGAAGUCGAUCCAAGACACCAUUGGGUGUUGAAGCUGGCCUUAAACGUUGGCAGAGUGAGUUUGAUUGUAAAGAAAAAGAAAAAGAACGCAGGCAAUCAAAUGCAACAGCUGAGGUAACUUUAAGUAUGUGUGCUGAUGCUGGAAAAGUUGACAGAACCAAGCUAAGUCAAACUGAGUUCAAUAUCAUAGAAUUCGAUAGUGAAACGUUCAUGAUACUAAUGGAAUACAUUCAGAGUGGCUCUUGUCCGUUAACUUGUGAAACAAUUCCAGGGCUUAUCUGUGCCGCGGAGCACUACGAUCUUCCAGAACUUCUUCAAGCUUGCUUCCAUCACGCAAAACAACACUUCCGUCUUUCUGUGGUGUGCUCAAUGUUGAAUACAUUAGAAAAUUAUUAUUGGAGAUAUAAUUCUGCUAUUGAGUUAGUGAAUGCCAUUCUUCAAUACAUAGACAGCCGAGCAGCUCAACUUUUUAGAAGAAAGGAAUUUUUAGACUUGUCAGAGUCCAUGUUCCAAAUGAUUUUAGGCAGAGAUUUAAAUGUAGCAGAAGUAGUAAAAUUUCAAGUAAUGCUAGAAUGGACUAAAUACAAGAUAGAAAUGUCUACUAAAGUAGAUCCAAGAGAAUUGAAUUGUACUAUGAAUAGAUUAACAAGAGAUUUAAAACUAUACAAAAUCCCUCCACAAGAAUUAAUCAAGGUAAUUUUACCGACAAAGACAAUCAGCAAUGAGCGCAUUUUAAAUACACUUUUGUAUCAAGCAGAUUCUGGAAUGUAUCGCAUUCAGCAGUCAUUUCUAGAAGAAUGUCGGGCAAAUGCAACAGAUGAAACUGAAGAAUAUGACAGCUGGGAACUUUUAGAACACAAAAUCAACACGGAUUAAUAAAAUUUCUCAGGAAAUCUGCGAAAAAUUUUCUGUUUUGAUAAAAAAUGCAGUAUUUAUCAUUAUGCAUGCAUGUUUGUUCUACUGUGUAUUAUGAAUGUUUGGUAUUAAUUGUAAAAAGCUCAUCAAUCAUUUUUCAUACUCAAGACACAGGUGAUGAUGGAUAAUGGUGCUCUAUAUAAUACCUACGUCCUAAAAUGAAAACAAAGCAUGACUUUUUUUAGUUUUUAUAGUCAACACAGACUUGUAGACAUUUAGAGUUUUCAUUUCACAAUACUGAGUUUGAACACAUUCAGAAAAAAAAUAUUUCAAAAAAUCACUGAUUGUAGUGUUUGACUAUGUAUUUCAUUUUUAUUUAACACAAAAAAAUAUGUUAUAUGUGCUUAAGGUAAUAUCCAUGCUUGUAAUUGUUUUUGACCUCAUAAAUGACAUAAGUCAAAUGUUUUUUCCAGAAUAUUACAAUGUGAAGCAAUUGUUAAAAUAACAUUUUUUGAAAAAUUAGAUUUCUCAAAAUUCUCAAUGAGAAAUAAGUCAUAGUUCCCUAAAUUAAUUUUAUUUUGGAGUUUUAUUUAUAAUUAAAAUUUAAAAUAAAUUGUAUUGAAUGACACGCAUAAUUAGCUAUUUUUCGCAUUUAUAUAUCUGGAAAAAAAUUAAAAAGUUGGAGGAUGAUCAUAUUUAUCAUCAAAUCACUGUAUGUAAAUUUGUUUAAAUACUUUGUUAUCACAAGGGUCAGCCAAAAACUACUCCAUGCAUAAAUAACUUUCUGUGUUGCGUGCAGGCUCAAUCGCAUGUGAAAAAAUAUUACCAAAUUAUACUUUUUAGAAACAUCUUUUUUAAACAGUAACAGUGGGAAAUUUUGAUCAAUUGUACUGCUCAGUAGCUAUCAAAAGGAAACACAAUGGAAAGGUUUUUGGAAUUAUAAGAAUUAAUUUUUUAAUUUAAGUUUUUAGUAGAAAAAAGUUCAAACUGCAGAUUUACUAUACAAUUUUUAACAGAUUAAAGGAAUUACUUGAAAUCUAUCAACCAAGAAUAUAAGCAUUAUUAGAAAUGCGUUCACUUUCCUCCCAGAUAUAGUCAUAUCACAUCUGAAAAUAAUAAUACCUAACUACAAUUUUUGCAUUAAUUUUUUAAAAAUAAAUCUUUGAAAAUACAUAAUUGCGAGAUAUUUUGAUCAAUUGUAAUGUUUACUGGCUGUCAAAAUGAAACACAUUGGAAAGAUUUUAGGAAUUAAAAGAGCCUGUUCUUAAGUUUUAAGUAAAAAAAGGUUUAAGCUGCAGAUUUAUGAUGUAACUUAUAAGAGAUUCGAGGAAUUACUUAAAGUCUAAGCACAUUUUUAGAAAUGUGUACACUUUCUUCCCAUAUGCAGACAUUAGGCAUUUUUAUAAAUUUCCUUCAAAAUUCAUUCAUAAAAAUUAUUUUCAAUAUCAAAAUGUUCUCACAUUUUUAUUGCACAUUUAUAAUAUUAACUGCAAUAAAUUGUGGCAAUCUGAAAAGGGAGUAGCAUGAUCAAGAUUAUGUACUCUAAAAUAUAGCACAUCAUGCAUUUAGAAUAGGCCACUCCUGACUUAUCAAGGAUUUAAAAUGAUAGCAUUUAUUUUUGAAGCUAAGUCAAUAUAUAAGAAGAGCAACUAUAUGAAAUGAAACUAACACAAAUAAAUCAAGAAUUUCAAGCAUUCUUAUCCUCCCCCCUCCCCAAAAAAAAAAGAUUGAAAUUCUAGAACAAGCUUUGUAUUAUUUUUGAAUAAAAUCAUAGAAGUAAUUUUAUUAUACAUAAUUACUAAAUCUAAUGAUAUUUCCUAAUAGAUUACUUUUUAAAAUGUGAAAUUUUGACUAAUAAUUAUAAAAACAUAUCGUUCCUGAUAUGUAAUUCCAAUUUAUUUUUCUUGGUUAAACAUUUCUUUUUAAUUUAAACAAAUAUAAUAUUAUGCAAAAUUAACAUAAUGAUUUUUGAAUUCAAACUAUAUUAUUUCAAAAGCAGUUAAAUAUGAAGGUUAAUCAAUCUAAUUUAAAUUUUACAAUCAGUAUAAUCUGUACUUAAACAAUCUAUUAUAUGGAAACUAUCACAAAUACUGAAAUACUUUGCAAACUUUAUACAUUUUUUAAAAACAAAUCACAUGUAAUACAAUUCAUAUAUAGAAUACAAAUAAGUGUAAUUAGAAUUAGUGGGAGAAAAUGUGAUAAAAUUCCCAAAAUAACAGAUAUUUUCUCUCUAGACACAUAGCAAUAUAAAAAAGAUGAUAUAAAUAAAUAAAUUUAAAUGGACAAAACUAAUGCUACUAUUGAAACAAGAUACAAUCUUUAUAAAACAAAAUUAGAUUCCUUUUGGGAAACAUAGAAUAAUGUACUGAAAUCUGAAGAAGAUUAAAUAUAAGUCACAGACUCUUGAGAUUUAAGUACUAAUUGUUGCAUUAUUACUUAAAAAGACAUCAGUUCACUGCCAUCAUAUGUGUAAUGUAAACAGUUUUAUGAAUAUUUCAUAUGUAUAGUCGUUUAUUUACAGGAAGAAUGUCAUAUGCUUAAAUAUGAUGCAUUUAUUGACAAAUUAAAGCAUUUUGUAAUUAUUGCUUUAAAAUUGAUAUUUUUUUAUACUUCUAUUUUUAUCAGGUGUAGUUGCCUGCCUAUAAAUUUGAUUGGGAAGAAAAUUAUUUUUAGAUUGAAAUGUUCAUGAUGAUAUUUUCCUCUAAAUAAAAUAAAUCAUAUUGUAAUAAUUAGUAAUCCUUUAAAAUCAGGAAUUUUCAAUUGCCUUCAAUACAAAAAGCAAUACAAGUUUCUAAAAAUCUUCAAUACAAGUUUCUAAAAAUCAUCAAUACAAGUUUUUAAAAAUUCCCAAAUGACUAAAUAUUUUUGUUCUAUAUACUCAUAAUAGACAUCUACCUUAUAUUAAAAAAAUUUAAUUGCAUGCUUUUUAUUACUGGGAUAAUAAAAAUAUAUGUCCUUGUAUUGGGUAAGCGCACAAGCACCUUUUAUAGAAACCACCAUCUGUUAAACAUUAUUGAUGUUAUAAAUAUUAUGUCCUCUAAUUAUUGUAUUAAAAAUUAAUCCUCUUCAGAUAUAAAAAGAAUUAUGAAACUGUGUAAGUUGAAAUUACAAUGAGCCUUCAUCUGUAAUGUGGUUGAAAAAAAAUCUGUUCUUUCCAAACAUAUUGUAGAUUUUAACAAUAAGUGUUGCCUGUCAUAUUUUAAAUUCUGUCAUAAAAAUCCAUAUCAAUGUGAAAGAAAUGAAGAGUGAUAUAAAGCCAAAUAACUAAUAUGUGUAUUAAUGUUAUAUAAAAUUUAUUUUCAGAAAUAAAUAAUUUUGAAUACUCAAAA